UUUAAAAUUUUUAUUGCAGCUAGAACGAGUAAAUCUGUCUGCAGCUCAGACACUGAGAGCAGCUUUCAUUAAGGCUGAAAAAGAAAAUCCAGGACUCACACAAGACAUCAUAAUGAAAAUUUUAGAGAAAAAAAGUGUAGAAGUUAACUUCACGGAAUCACUUCUUCGAAUGGCAGCUGAUGAUGUAGAAGAGUAUAUGAUUGAACGACCAGAGCCAGAAUUCCAGGACCUAAAUGAAAAGGCACGGGCACUUAAACAGAUUCUCAGUAAGAUCCCAGAUGAGAUCAAUGACAGGGUGAGGUUUCUCCAGACAAUCAAGGAUAUUGCUAGUGCAAUAAAAGAACUUCUUGAUACAGUGAAUAAUGUCUUCAAGAAAUAUCAAUACCAGAACCGCAGGGCACUUGAACACCAAAAGAAAGAAUUUGUAAAGUACUCCAAAAGUUUCAGUGAUACUCUGAAAACCUAUUUUAAAGAUGGCAAGGCAAUAAAUGUGUUCAUGAGUGCCAACCGACUAAUUCAUCAAACCAACUUGAUACUUCAGACCUUCAAAACUGUGGCCUGAAAGUUGUAUAUGUUAAGAGAUGUACUUCUCAGUGGCAGUAUUGAACUGCCUUUAUCUGUAAAUUUUAAAGUUUGACUGUAUAAAUUAUCAGUCCCUCCUGAAGGGAUCUAAUCCAGGAUGUUGAAUGGGAUUAUUGCCAUCUUACACCAUAUUUUUGUAAAAUGUAGCUUAAUCAUAAUCUCACACUGAAGAUUUUGCAUCACUUUUGCUAUUAUCAUUCUUUUAAGAAUUAUAAGCCAAAAGAAUUUACGCCUUAAUGUGUCAUUAUAUAACAUUCCUUAAAAGAAUUGUAAAUAUUGGUGUUUGUUUCUGACAUUUUAACUUGAAAGCGAUAUGCUGCAAGAUAAUGUAUUUAACAAUAUUUGGUGGCAAAUAUUCAAUAAAUAGUUUACAUCUGUUAAACAUUUCUUUACUUGAAAAAGUUGAUAUAUAUAUAUAUGUAAUAUAAAUAUAUAACCAUAAGACCAAGAUUACUUGGGUUAAUGUCUAAAGAACUUUUAAUGGGAGCUUGUCAGCAGUUUAUCAAAUAAUUAAGCAUCAAGAAUUUUUAUUUUUUUGUCCUUAAUCACUCUGGGCAAAAAGUAGUCAAUGGAAAUAUUUUUUUAUUUAUAUAGGGUACUGACUAUUUUUCCAGCCUGUUUUAAGAGACAUAUGAGCAAGAUGUCAAUUUAUAGUGUUUUCACGUUAUGAUGCCACUUUUUGAACUCUGACAAUGUAAAAUUAAGUAUUUCUUGUGUGGUAGGCCCUAAUAAGCUUUGCGCCUUUUCCCCAAGAAUAGCCACAACUAAUAGUAAUUUGAAGCUAUACCAAUGCUCAUUGGUUUGAAAUUGUCAUGAGUGUUAAUAUUAUUUACUCUCUUUAAAUAUAUAUAUAGUUUUAUUUCACCAUAGAGAAGUAUUAAGGAAAUUAUGUAUCAAAUAUUCAUGUAAAUAAGCAUUUUCAUUUUUCAGUUAUGAAAUAAAGGAAAAAUUAGAA